AACUGAUUUGGUUUUUUUUUGUUUUAUCACCGAUAAACAUACUAUAUAUAUUUUGUUUCGUUGGAACUUAUUUGUCUUAGAAAUUUGAAAUGGAAAUGGUCAAUAUGUAUUUAAAAGAUAUACUGAUCAGUGUAUUGCUGUUAUAUGGAAAUAGUGGAGUAUUUGCAUUUCCCCCGAUGAUGAGACGUUCUGAAUGUGUACCCUGUAGCGAUGGGACUAAUUGUCUUAUUCUAGCGAGCUACUGUGAUGGCUAUAAUAAUUGUGAAAAUGGAGAAGAUGAAAAUAUAGAUAUCUGUAAAGCACAACCAUGUCCUCAACCAUUUGACCCGAUGUUCAGUCACUAUGAAAACAUUAAAUGCAACGAUGGAAUACACUGUUACCCUAGCACUGGCCUCUGUAACGGUCAUCAAGCAUGUGAUGACGGUACGGAUGAAGAUACAGAAUUCUGUAAAGAUCAUAAGUGUCCUGAAGGCUAUGUCAAAUGUCAAGAUGGGUUACAAUGUGUUUCUAAACAUACCCUAUGUAACGGAUACUCAGGGCGAUAUGGGAGCUGUAAAGAUGGAUCUGACCAGUCUGAAGAUUUUUGCAAAAGUUAUGAGUGCUUAGAAGGAUUUGCUAAGUGUAAAGACGGUUUGCAGUGUAUAUCUAAAUAUGUUAUGUGUAAUGGUCGUAUAGACUGUAAUGACAAAUCUGAUGAAUCAGCAGAUGUUUGUUCAGCGUAUCAAUGUAUGGAUGAUUUCUGGAAAUGUAAGGAUGGCCUUCAAUGUAUUUCAACUGCAUCACUUUGUAAUGGUAAUGAUUGGCCUCAGUGUAAUGACGGGUCUGACGAAUCAGAUGAAGUUUGUAGAGUCACUGAUUGUGGGGAAGGAUUUAUUAAAUGUCCUGAUGGAUUACGAUGUAUAAGAGAAAGCUAUUUUUGUUCUGGAUACCCACCAUGUGGUCUUCCAAAUAUUGAUAUAUGCAGAAAUAUGACCUGUCCUGAGGGCAUGGUGAAAUGUAAAGAUAACAAGCAGUGCGUCGAUAUAAAAGGUGUUUGUGGAGGAUGGAACAACUGUCAGGAUGAUUCUUUACCAGAAAUAUGCAAAGAAAUAGAGUGUCGAGAAGGGUUUGUUAAAUGUAAAGAUGAAACUUGCACGAGAAAAGAAAGUGUGUGUGAUGGCUAUGAACAUUGUCCUGAUAAAUCGGACGAAUCAGCGGAAGUUUGUAGAGAUUUUCAAUGUCCAGAAGGGUCUACAAAAUGCCAGGAUGGUUUACAAUGUAUACGUAAAAGAGAUCUCUGUGAUGGUGUGCCACGGUGUAAAGAUAAAUCUGAUGAAGCAGAAGAUUUUUGUAGAGACUAUACCUGUCCUGAUAUGUACGUUAAAUGUAACGACAACUUACAGUGUGUUCAUAAAUACAGAGUUUGUAGUUCAAGGGGAGGUAGUGCAUGUAAGGAUGGGAAAAUACCAGACAUUUGCCGAGAUAUACGUUGUAAUAAACACCAAAGAAAAUGUGAUGACGGACUACAGUGUAUCGGUGAUUAUGCAUUGUGUAAUGGGAGGAAAGGUGAUUGUGUUGACGGAUCAGAUGAGAAGGAAGAUAUGUGUAAAGAUUACCAAUGUCCUGAAGGAUAUGUCAAAUGUCAAGACGGAUUGCAAUGCAUUCGUGAAAGAAGUUUAUGUGAUGGCUGGUCAGCAUGCAAUGACAAAUCUGAUGAGUCAAAUGAAGUUUGCGGUGAAAAAGGCAAAAACAGACGAGUGAUUACUUCUUUACCCUGAACGAAGAAAUUGAAGUGAAAGAAAGUACAACACAGAGAGCUUUUUGUAAUCAAUCUAUAUAGCUGAUGAUAACUUUGCAGCCUUUACUGUUUAUGACUAUGACUAUUGUCAUAAACAUAUUAGUAAAAUAAAAAAAAAACAUGACAAG